UCUACGGACGCCGUUUCCCGUUAGCCCACCAAGCUGCAAUAUCCAAGCCUUGACAUUGCGAAGACGGAGGCUGUUAUGGUCUAGACCAGGAUACACAGAAAACGCACAGCACUGCGAGUCUCGGAGCCUUGUUAUGACAACAUUUCCAGUCGGUCCAGGUGGAGGCAGGAGGUGUGAGUAGAGUGCAGCAGACGUCGGCAGCAUGUACUCCGAGUGGCGCUCGCUGCAGCUGGUGGUGCAGAGCGACCAGGGCCACCUCAGCGUUCUGCACACCUACCCCACCAGCGUGGGCACGGAGGUGGCCAAUGCCGUGGUCAAGCCUCUGGGCACGGCCGUGAGCCCCGUCGCCACGGAGAACAUCCUCAAGACAGACAAGGAGGUGAAGUGGACCAUGGAGGUGCUGUGCUAUGGCCUCACCCUCCCCCUGGAAGGGGACACUGUCAAGCUGUGUGUAGAUGUGUACACAGACUGGAUGAUGGCCCUGGUUUCGCCCAGGGACUCGAUGCCCCAGCCUGUGGUCAAGGAGCCCAAUAUGUAUGUCCAGAUCAUCCUCAAACAUCUGUACAACGUGUUUGUACCGAGGCCUGAGCAGCACAGUCUGAACCAUAUCAGGCUCUGCCAGCAGGUUCUGACUGCAGUUCAGAAACUGGCUCGAGAGUCCGUCUCCAUGGUUCGGGAAACCUGGGAGGUGCUGCUGCUCUUCCUGCUUCGCAUUAACGACACAUUGCUUGCCCCACCCACAGUGGGAGUCGGAGUGGCAGAGAAGCUGGCGGAGAAAUUGAUGGCAGUGCUGUUUGAGGUGUGGCUGCUGGCAUGUGCCCGGUGUUUUCCCACGCCGCCAUACUGGAAGACGGCGAGGGAGAUGCUGGCCAACUGGAGACACCACCCCCCUGUGGUGGAGCAGUGGAGCAGAGUGGCCUGUGCCCUGACCUCCAGGCUUUUGCGGUUUACCCACGGACCAUCCUUCCCACUAUUCAAAGUCCCCGAUGAGGACGCCAGCCUGAUUCCUUUGGAAAUGGACAGUGACUGUGUGGCACAGACGUGGUACCGCUUCCUCCACAUGCUCAGCAACCCAGUGGACCUGAGCAACCCCGCGAUAGUGAGCACCACUCCCAAGUUUCAGGAACAGUUUCUGAACUCCAGCGGUAUCCCUCACGAGGUGGUACUGCAUCCGUGUUUGAAACAGCUGCCCCAGAUCUUCUUCAGGGCCAUGAGGGGUAUCAGCUGCCUAGUAGACGCCUUUUUGGGUGUCUCUGUCGAAAAGAGAUAUGUCCGGGAGAGGGUGUUCUCUUUUUGCACAGUGCUGCUCUCUCAUGGUAUAUCACGUCCCAGGGCUGACAGUGCCCCGCCCACCCCGGUCAACAGAAUGAGCAUGUCUCCGCCCCCCUCCAUCACCAACACCACGCCCCCGCACAGCCGCAAGCAGCGGCAUGCAGUGGUCGCCAAAACCACAAGCAAGAGUUCAACUGGCAGUGGUAGUCAACCAACCAAAGCAUCCCAGCAGCAGCAGCAGCAACAGCAGCAGCAGCAGCAGCAGAAUUCGUCCUCCCCGACGCUGCUUUCCAGCCCCAACCAGAGCAGCUGGGAGUCCCGGCCUCUGCCCGCCCCAGCGCGGCCGAAGGUCAACAGCAUCCUCAACCUGUUCGGCCAGUGGCUCUUCGACGCCGCCCUGGUGCACUGUAAGCUCCACAGCGGCCUCAGCCGAGACCCGAGCAUGACCGCGAUAGCCACUCAAGUAGGUCUGGAGCUGAGGAGGAAGGGCUCGCAAAUGUCCAACGACUCCAUGGUGUCGAACCCCAUGUUCGACGCCAAUGAGUUCCCCGAGAGCUACGAGGCGGGACGAGCUGAGGCCUGUGGGACUCUGUGCCGCAUCUUCUGUAGCAAGAAAACGGGAGAAGACAUACUGCCUGUUUACCUUUCCAGGUUCUACAUGAUCCUGAUUCAGGGUCUCCAGAUCUCCGAUUUCAUCUGCAGACCAGUUUUGGCUUCUAUCAUUCUCAACUCCUCCUCUCUCUUCUGCACUGACCUGAAGGGCAUCAAUGUGGUGGUACCCUACUUCAUAGCUGCCUUGGAGACGAUUGUACCAGACAGAGAGCUGUCAAAAUUCAAGAUCUAUGUAAAUCCUACUGACCUGAGGAGGGCCUCCAUCAACAUCCUGCUCGCUAUGCUGCCGUUGCCGCAUCACUUUGGCAACAUCAAGUCAGAGGUUCUGUUGGAGGGAAAAUUCAAUGAGGAAGACGGGUGGCCUCAUGACCAGCCUGUGUCUUUCCUGUCCCUAAGGCUACGUCUCGUCAAUGUCCUGAUUGGAGCACUGCAGACUGAAACCGACCCCACCAACACACAGCUCAUCCUGGGUGCAAUGCUCAAUAUUGUUCAAGACUCAGCACUGCUGGAGUCCAUAGGUGCACAGACGGAAACAGGGAGUAUAGAUGGGAGCCACGUGACCGUGAGGAGUCAGAGUCACAGCCGUACCAACAGCGGCAUUAGUUUCACGAGUGGAGGCAGCACAGAGGCGACCAGCCCCGAUUCGGAGCGUCCUGCCCAGGCCCUGCUUCGAGACUAUGCUCUUCCAGAUACGGCGGCGGGCCUGCUGGUGCGCAGCAUCCACCUGGUCACUCAGAGGCUCAACUCUCAGUGGAGACAAGACAUGAGCAUUUCACUGGCUGCCCUGGAGCUGCUGGCUGGGCUCGCCAAGGUGAAGGUGGGAGUCGACUCCACAGACCGCAAACGUGCCGUGAGCUCUAUAUGUGGGUACAUUGUGUACCAGUGUAGCCGUCCAGCACCUCUUCAGUCGCGAGACCUCCACUCUAUGAUUGUAGCUGCCUUCCAGUUUCUGUGUGUGUGGCUCACAGAACACCCUGACAUGCUGGAUGAGAAGGAUUGUUUGGUAGAGGUGUUAGAGAUUGUGGAGCUGGGAAUCUCCGGCAGCAAGUCCCGACAGGAACAGGAAGUUCGACACAAAGGAGAGAAGGAGCACAACCCAGCUUCAAUGAGGGUGAAGGACGCCGCCGAGGCGACUCUGUCCUGCAUCAUGCAGGUGUUGGGGGCCUUCCCCUCUCCCAGCGGGCCCGCCUCCACCUGCAGCCUCCUGAAUGAAGACACUCUGAUUCGCUAUGCCAGACUGAGUGCCACAGGAGCGAGCAACUUCCGCUACUUUGUGCUGGACAACUCGGUCAUCCUCGCCAUGCUGGAGCAACCUCUUGGCAAUGAGCAGAACCCCAGUCCGUCAGUGACAGUUUUGAUCAGAGGCACAGCUGGCAGACAUGCCUGGACCAUGCAGCUCUUCCACCAGCCCAGAGGAGCUCGGGCCAAUCAGAGGCAGGUGUUUGUGCCCGAGGGCCGUCCAUUGCCCAACAAUGAUGUGGGGAUAAAAUACAACGUCAAGCAGAGGCCGUUCCCUGACGAGGUGGAUAAGAUUCCUCUUGUCAAAGCUGACGUUAGUAUUCCGGACCUGGAUGACAUUGUCAGUAAAGAGGCGUGUUGUCUGGGAUGGCUGGAUAAUUCAAGUGCUACAAAUACAGUGAUGAGUAAUUUCCCACACCUGGAGGUUCAGCAUGACAGGCUUCGUGUUCUGAUGACCAAGCAGAUGGAGUAUGAGAAUGCCCUGGAGCGACACAGUGAGGAAAUUUGGAAGUCCAACUCGUUCCCGGACCCACAGACGGACUGCAAACCCCCACCACCGGCGCAGGAGUUCCAGACGGCACGCCUCUUCCUCUCCCACUUUGGCUUCCUGUCUCUGGAGGCUCUCAAGGAGCCCAACAACAGUCGCCUACCUCCGCAUCUGAUCGGCCUGGAGUCGUCCCUGCCGGGUUUUUUCGAUGACGUCAGCUACUUGGACCUGCUUCCCUGUCGACCGUUUGACACCGUCUUUAUUUUCUACGUCAGAGCUGGACAGAAAAGCAGCCACGAGAUCCUGCGUAAUGUGGAGUCGUCAUCCAGUGUCCAGCCUCACUUUUUGGAGUUCCUGCUGUCCUUGGGCUGGCCUGUGGAUGUGGGACGCCACCCAGGGUGGACAGGACACCUAGAUACCAGCUGGUCCCUCAACUCCUGCUCCGACAACAAUGAUAUACAGCAAACAGAGGAAGCAGCCACUCCUGAGGACACGGGAGGUUCAGGGUUCAAUGGGGAGAAGAAAGUUUUGUACUACGCUGAUGCACUGACGGAGAUCGCCUUCGUUGUUCCAUCUCUGACAGAAAACUCUGAGGAGUCAUCAGUGCACAGUGACUCCACAGUGGAAGCAGACACCAACACGGACAUCGUGCCUGGUUCACACAAACAGCCCAACCUCACACUGGAGCUGUUCCCCAACCAUUCUGAAAACCUGGAGUCUGCCAAGAAGCUGAGUCCUUUGGUGAAGACAAAGAGGUCUUCGACUGGAAAGUCUUUCCCACCACUGGGUCCUGAGACGAAGGUGUUUGUGGUCUGGGUCGAGCGCUUCGAUGAUAUUGAGAACUUCCCGUUGUCUGAUCUCUUGGCUGAAACCAGCACGGGCUUGGAAGCCAGCAUGAGCAACAGCACUUCCUGCAGGUCAGGGUUACUCGAGAAGGACGUUCCCCUGAUCUUCAUCCACCCUCUGAAGACGGGACUCUUCAGGAUCCGGCUGCACGGAGCUGUGGGCAAAUUUGGCAUGGUGAUUCCCCUGGUGGACGGCAUGGUGGUCAGCCGCAGAGCGCUAGGGUUCCUCGUGCGCCAGACGGUCAUCAACGUGUGCCGACGGAAGCGGCUGGAAAGUGACUUGUACAACCCGCCCCACGUGCGGCGGAAGCAGAAAAUUACUGAGAUUGUCCAGCGCUACCGCAACAAGCAGCUGGAGCCGGAGUUCUACACCUCGCUCUUCCAUGAGGUGGGGGAGGGAAAGCCUCACCUCUAAUACCCCUGUCCUGUCCUUACACUGGCUCACAAGCGCACACACACACACACACACACACACACACACACCUUAUACUCACACACACGCGCACACACACACGCAGAAUCUUUAUAUUUAUACUGUACUAUUUUGUUAUUUAUAUGAAUACAUAUAUCAACACUGUCUGCCUUUGACUCUGGGAGCAAAGCGUCAAAAACCACGCCAAGGGGGGGAAAGCUACGUUUCUAUGACGCAGCCACACGCGGGACAUUUGAAAUGGCCGAAGUUCAACAGUGACUGUCUCUGCUCAUUUAGGUUCAUGCUUCGUGGCAAAAAAAAAAAUAAGAGUUUCUGCUUGUCUUCAAUACUGCAAUACAAUAGUUACACUGUUGGCCUUUCUGAACUUGUACAAAAAAAGAAGAAAAGUUUGUUCUUUAAAUCCUGUGAUACGAGGUGAGUUUCCUGAUGGUCUGGUAAUACAGAGUCGUGUCCAAAAACUCUGAUCUGUGUUUGUUUUAAUCAAACCGAUUCGUGGCUGGACCUUUGCCAAGGAGAUAAAACAUGCAAGCGUCAAGAAUAACUGUUUUGUUAAUCCACUUCGCCGCUGCCUCGAGGCGAGUUGCUUCAAUAGAACAAAGAAAUGAUGGAUGGCGUUAACGCCUAAUCUGAUUUUUUUCCCUCUUUUUUUUUUUUUUACAACAAACUGUCAUCUCCACCCAGACACGUCUGCCUAAGUCUUCCUCGUGCGAACACACAUUGGCAACUGCAGCAGCUGAUUGUUUUGUCUUUGUUUUUUUGUGUUCCCCAUCCAGAUGAUUUAGAGGACUCCUGUGUUCUAUAACUGUAUAUGGAUGUUAUUUUUGGUACCUGCACUCUCACUCAGUGCCAGUCUGAAAGUCAUCCCAUCUCACAACUGCCACUGCACUGUUUGUGUGUGUGUUUGUGUGUGUACACGCAGCCACAUGCUUAUGAACCAGACAAAUGAUUGACAAUUGACAGACAAGUGGUGACCCUAUAACCUCCCAUAGAUGGCAUUUAGUGAUGAAUUAGGUCACUUUAAAAGAAAUUAGACUUUUGAGAAAAAUGUCAAUGUUCUUGGUCGGGACGUGACUCCAGAAUUGUUUUUCUCCUGAUACCCGGCAACAAACGAGUUCACUGAUGAACAGAGCAGUUUGCACUUGACGAUCGCAGGGCUUAUACGGCAUGACCAUGAAGACAAAGUGUCGUGGGUGUGCUCACCCCGUGAAACACAAACAGUUUGCUGAACCAAUGAAAUAAAGUGGAGACGAAAAAGAAACAAAAGCGAAGGUGGGCACACUGUCGCUGAGACAUCCACCACACGUCUCGUUAAAACGGCACCUGGAGGGAGCGACGGUGUGCUGACCUCCGUUGGUUUCUGUCUCUGCCAAUACCAGGCAGAACCACGGCGGAGGCCAAGUGUCCCAACAAAACUCUAUGGUGACGUAUUCAGAGGCCAAACAUAAUCACUGUAGCUAAAGAGCAUUAUAUAACUUCAAUUUUGCCUAAUCAAAGCUGUAUUUUUUACUAUUCUAAACCCCGCAAGAAAGUAUUUAACAUUCACUUUGGAUGACCGAAAUUAGCAGUUUUGCCCUUUACAAAUGUUUUCUUAACUUCUUUUUUUUUUUGGGAUGGGGGGGCUUCACAAUUUCACUUUUGUUCACUCACUGUACUUUGGUUUAUAUUCAAGCCCUCUCACUGUCUGCCUGUAACAAUGUGAAUCUAUUUAUCACAGCGAUGGAACAGGGCAAACACCUUCUGAGUUUCUUUGUUAUGUUGGAAAAGUCUUAAUGCACUGAGGACAGUUUCUGUUGCUUCUCUGUCCCCCCGGGGGUUUCCUUCCGUGUCUUUUUUGUACUUCUGUGCAGUUUGGAGCGGGAAAAAACCCGCUGCUGAAGGAAGGAGUUUUAUCUUGUAAAAAUAUGAAUGAAGAAGAGGCGCCGGCGAGUUUUUAAACCUAUCAUGUCUAACUGUGCGACUCACUUUUUACGACCGUGCUUCUAUGCACAUGCCUUUUUUUGGAAAGGAGAAAACUACAUUAAAAAUGCUUUAGAGAAAACUACAUACAAUCAAGUCAUACAUUGUACCCCAUGUCACUCCUCUGAUGUCUGGAUCAUAUUUAAGGAUUUGCCAUGUACAGAAGCGGAGGAUUUAUAUGUAAAUAUAUGAUAGCGUGAGGCAUUUACAAGUUGUCCGUUGCAUACAUCCGAGAUGGCGAGAAAAAAAGGUGUAUGUAUGUGUGUAUGCAAUUAUGUGUGGGAGGAUCACAAUGGGUAUUGAAUGUAACAUGCAUCAAUUAAAACUAUUACUGAGCUUUUAA